CAGAGUUUCCUGUCCACCAUCUUUGUCUCUGGCAAAGUGGGUUUUGCGCAGUGGCUUAGACCUGGAGAAGGAGUCGUGACGUGCAGGAAACCAUUACAACACCACUCGGGCCGUGCUCUCUGGCUGCUGCCGCCACCCCCGCCCUUGCCUCCGGUGCACAUUAAAGAUCCAAAACCAUGACUGACUCCAAGUACUUCACAACCAAUAAAAAAGGAGAAAUCUUUGAAUUGAAGGCUGAACUCAACAAUGAAAAGAAAGAAAAGAGGAAGGAGGCUGUGAAGAAGGUGAUUGCUGCCAUGACUGUGGGGAAGGAUGUUAGCUCUCUCUUUCCAGAUGUAGUGAACUGUAUGCAAACCGACAAUCUGGAAUUAAAGAAGCUCGUGUACCUUUAUUUGAUGAACUACGCCAAGAGUCAGCCAGACAUGGCCAUCAUGGCUGUCAACAGCUUUGUGAAGGACUGUGAAGAUCCUAAUCCUCUCAUUCGGGCCUUGGCAGUCAGGACCAUGGGGUGCAUCCGGGUGGACAAGAUUACAGAAUAUCUGUGUGAGCCCCUCCGAAAGUGUUUGAAGGAUGAAGAUCCCUAUGUUCGGAAAACAGCAGCAGUCUGUGUGGCAAAACUCCAUGAUAUCAAUGCCCAAAUGGUAGAGGAUCAGGGAUUUCUGGAUUCUCUGCGGGAUCUCAUAGCAGAUUCAAAUCCAAUGGUGGUGGCUAAUGCUGUAGCAGCAUUAUCUGAAAUCAGUGAAUCUCACCCAAACAGCAACCUACUCGAUCUGAACCCACAGAACAUUAAUAAGCUGCUGACAGCCCUGAAUGAAUGCACUGAAUGGGGCCAGAUUUUCAUCUUGGACUGCCUUUCUAAUUACAACCCUAAAGAUGACCGGGAAGCUCAGAGCAUCUGUGAGCGUGUGACUCCCCGGCUAUCUCAUGCCAACUCGGCAGUGGUGCUUUCAGCAGUAAAAGUCCUGAUGAAGUUUCUGGAGUUGUUACCCAAGGACUCUGAUUACUACAAUAUGCUGCUGAAGAAGUUGGCCCCUCCGCUUGUCACUUUGCUGUCUGGGGAGCCAGAGGUGCAGUACGUCGCCCUGAGGAAUAUCAAUCUAAUUGUCCAGAAAAGGCCUGAAAUCUUGAAGCAGGAAAUCAAAGUCUUCUUUGUGAAGUACAAUGAUCCCAUCUAUGUUAAACUAGAGAAAUUGGACAUCAUGAUUCGUUUGGCAUCCCAAGCCAACAUUGCUCAGGUUCUGGCAGAAUUAAAGGAAUAUGCCACAGAGGUGGAUGUUGACUUUGUUCGCAAAGCCGUGCGGGCCAUUGGGCGGUGUGCCAUCAAAGUGGAGCAAUCUGCAGAGCGGUGUGUGAGCACAUUGCUUGAUCUCAUCCAGACCAAAGUGAAUUAUGUGGUCCAAGAGGCAAUUGUUGUCAUCAGGGACAUCUUUCGGAAAUACCCCAACAAGUAUGAAAGCAUCAUUGCCACUCUGUGUGAGAACUUAGACUCGCUGGAUGAACCAGAUGCUCGAGCAGCUAUGAUUUGGAUUGUGGGAGAAUAUGCUGAGAGAAUUGACAAUGCAGAUGAGUUACUGGAGAGCUUCCUGGAAGGUUUUCAUGAUGAAAGCACCCAGGUGCAGCUCACUCUGCUUACUGCCAUAGUGAAGCUGUUUCUCAAGAAACCAUCAGAAACACAGGAGCUGGUACAGCAAGUCUUGAGUUUGGCAACACAGGAUUCUGAUAAUCCUGACCUUCGAGACCGGGGCUAUAUUUAUUGGCGCCUUCUCUCAACGGACCCUGUCACAGCCAAAGAAGUAGUCUUGUCUGAGAAGCCACUGAUCUCUGAGGAGACAGAUCUUAUUGAGCCAACUCUGCUGGAUGAGCUAAUAUGCCACAUUGGAUCUUUGGCCUCGGUAUACCAUAAGCCUCCCAAUGCUUUUGUGGAAGGAAGUCAUGGAAUCCAUCGCAAACACUUGCCAAUACAUCAUGGGAGCACUGAUGCGGGUGACAGCCCUGUUGGCACCACCACUGCCACCAACCUGGAACAGCCUCAGGUUAUCCCCUCUCAAGGUGACCUUCUAGGAGACCUUUUAAACCUUGACCUCGGUCCCCCCGUCAAUGUGCCACAGGUGUCCUCAAUGCAGAUGGGAGCAGUGGAUCUCUUGGGAGGAGGUCUAGAUAGUCUGCUUGGCAGUGACCUUGGCGGGGGCAUUGGAGGAAGUCCGGCAGUGGGACAGUCGUUCAUCCCAUCAUCAGUGCCUGCAACCUUCGCUCCUUCACCUACUCCUGCUGUGGUCAGCAGUGGUUUGAAUGACCUGUUUGAACUCUCCACAGGGAUAGGCAUGGCACCUGGUGGAUAUGUGGCUCCUAAGGCUGUCUGGCUGCCUGCAGUAAAAGCUAAAGGGUUGGAGAUUUCUGGAACAUUUACUCACCGCCAAGGACAUAUCUAUAUGGAAAUGAACUUCACCAACAAAGCUCUGCAGCAUAUGACAGAUUUUGCAAUCCAGUUUAACAAGAAUAGCUUUGGUGUCAUCCCCAGCACUCCUCUGGCCAUCCAUACACCACUGAUGCCAAACCAGAGCAUUGAUGUCUCCCUGCCUCUCAACACCUUGGGCCCAGUCAUGAAAAUGGAGCCUCUGAAUAACCUCCAGGUGGCUGUGAAAAACAAUAUUGAUGUCUUCUACUUCAGCUGCCUCAUCCCACUCAAUGUGCUUUUUGUAGAAGAUGGCAAAAUGGAACGCCAGGUCUUCCUCGCAACAUGGAAGGAUAUUCCCAACGAAAAUGAACUUCAGUUUCAGAUUAAGGAAUGUCAUUUAAAUGCUGACACUGUUUCCAGCAAAUUGCAAAACAACAACGUUUAUACUAUCGCCAAGAGGAAUGUGGAAGGGCAGGACAUGCUGUACCAAUCCCUGAAGCUCACUAAUGGCAUUUGGAUUUUGGCUGAGCUACGUAUCCAGCCAGGAAACCCAAAUUAUACGCUGUCGCUGAAGUGUAGAGCUCCUGAAGUCUCUCAGUACAUCUAUCAGGUCUACGACAGCAUUUUGAAAAACUAAUAGACUGGUCCGGCGCCCUCCGGCCAUCCUGUGAUUGGUGCAAGCCAAGAACUCUUAACUGGAAGAAAUUGUAUUGCUGUGUAGAAUCUGAACCCAAACACACUGAGGCCACCCACCAAGGUAGUGACUAGUCUAACCUGUGCUAACAUUAGGGCACAACCUGUUGGAUAGUUGUAGCUUCCUGUGAACAUUUGUAACCACUGCUUCGAUCACUUCCCUCCUCUUGCCACUCGCCGCCGCUAUCUGUCCUUACUUGUGAGCUUCUCCAUAGUGUGCCAGUGGCUGGCAUUUUUGAGUGUAGUUUGAUAUUUUGUAAUUGAGAGCUCAUUUCAAAAGCAGAAAAAGACAAAAAAUAUUAAAGCAAGGAAAAGUGUCACUGAAACAUAAACUGCACUUUAUUGUUUUAUAUUUUUGUACAUAUGAGAAAUGGAGGGCAUAGUGUACCUGGUAGAAAGUGUUAAAACACCUGACUGCCAUUAACCACACAGUCCUGGAGGAAGAAAUGCAGUUAUUUGCACCCCCUGUUAGGGGUUCUCUUAUCUGUGGCAACCUUGCCCCUGCUCAUUUGGGUUUUCACUUUCUUCUCUCUCCAAAGUCCCUCCCUUUCUUUAUGAUUUCCGCCCCCUCCGCCCCCCACACCCC